AUGCUGGAGCCGACAUGCGGGGGAGCUGGGGUGGCGGGCUCGACGGUCGCUGCUGCUUUGCAGUUUUUCGCGGCAUCGCAGUGCCUCCUACUUGAGCCCUGGCCGCCACAGGCCGACCUCAAAAAUGGAUCCAAAUUCGACUUCAUCGUGGUGGGAGCGGGCACGGCGGGCGCGGCGCUUGCGGCGCGGCUGUCCGAAUCGCCGGAACGCACCGUGCUGCUGCUGGAAGCCGGCGGUGACCCGCCACCAGAGAGCAUUGUGAGCAUACCGGGAUUCAAAGAUGCAAUGAAAGGAAGUUACUACGACUGGAAUUUCACAACCAUCAAUGAUCACUAUUCCAGCCAAGCCUUCCAAGGUGGCAGCCAGAAACAGCCCCGCGGCAAAAUGCUAGGUGGAAGUGGAUCCAUCAACGACAUGAUUUAUUCUAGGGGCUUUCCCGCAGACUACGACGAAUGGGCAUCGAAAAUGGGACAAGACUGGAACUGGGCAAAUGUACUUAAAUAUUUCAAGAAAUCUGAACACUUAACUGACGAACGUAUAACCGAAUUCCCGGAAUUAGUAGAAUACCAUGGCUUCGGUGGAGAAAUAGAGGUGACAGGCAAAAUAGAAUCAACAUUUACAACUGACCGGUUUCUCGAGGGUUUUAAAGAACUAGAUUUUGAAAUAGUCGCGGAUAUGACGAAUCCUAACGUAAUAGGCGCUGGGAGAUUCUCACAUACGCUGAGAGAAGGUAAAAGAGAUAGUUCUUUGACAGCUCUUUUGAAUAAAGCGUCCCAAAGGGACAAUCUAUUUGUUUUAAAAGAGGCACUUGUUACGAAAAUAUUGAUUGACGAUAAUGUAGCGCAUGGCGUCAAAGUGUUGCUGGGUGAUGAUGAGUUUCAUUUCUACGCAGGGAAAGAAGUAAUUGUAAGCGCUGGGACCUUUAAUACACCCAAAUUAUUACUUCUAUCUGGCAUAGGACCAAAAGAUCAUUUAAAAGAUGUAGGGAUUAGGUUAGUGAAGGAUUUACCUGUGGGUAAGAAUCUACAUGACCAUAUUAUGGUGCUGACAUAUUUAGCUGCGGAGAAUGGAACUUGCCACGUGGACGAAAAAACACGACAUUUAAAUACCAUCAAAUACCUUUACGAUAGAAGUGGAUCUUUAACUAAAUCUUCAGAUUUAGGGGCAUAUAUUUCGUUCAAUAGCUUAACGAGGAACGUACCAGAUUUCGCAAUUUACCCUACUUGUAUGCCGAUAAAUUCAAACUUUUAUGUACCAUGCACAGAGAUAUUGGGUUUCAAACGUGAAAUUUGUGAGAAAAUAGAUUUAGUGAAUAAGAACUAUGAAAUUCUAUCGUUGGCUGUUGUGAAUUUGAAACCAAAAUCUAGAGGAAAGGUGAUCUUAAAAUCAGCGGACCCUUUAGAUGCGCCUUUGAUAUAUUCUGGAACAUUUAGCGAUAAUAGCGACUUGGUGAGUUACCCGGCAGCUAUGAGAGUGGCUCAUUCUUUAGCUAGUACUUCUUAUUUUCGUUCUAAAGGCGCCUUCGUGUUAGAUUUUGAAUUGGAAGAGUGUAAAGGGUUGUGGAAUAGGAAUAAAAAGAUGUGUGUAGCUCGAGCGACAGCUAUGUCGGCUUGGCACGCGGUUGGCACGGCUGCUAUGGGGACUGUGGUGGAUUCCAAGUUGAGGGUGAAGGGAGUUGACGGGUUGAGGGUGGUCGAUGCCAGUGUAAUGCCCAAAGUAGUUCGAGGCAAUACGAAUUCUCCUGUCGUCAUGAUUGCCGAAAAAGCAGCGGAUUUUAUUAAAAAUAGCUUGAAUUGA